AUGACGAAGCUUGCUGCCAAUGGUAUGAAGCCCGCCUCAGGGAAGAGCAGUGUGCUCAAGAAAACGUCGAAAAGGUCGAGCCAGCCGAACGAACCAGGAGCUGCAGUGCUGAGAUACAAGGGCAGCAAGCACUUCAGACAGAGGGUUGUUUGCUCGGUGCUGAGCGGACGGGCCAUCAGGAUUGAUGACAUUCGACCGUUCCCUACGACCACGGACUACCAGGAGGAAGUUCAGAUGGGUAUCAUGGGCCAUGAAGCGGCGUUCCUGCGACUCGUCGAUAAGCUGACCAACGGGACGCAGGUCGAGAUUAACGAAACAGGCACAACGUUGAGGUUCAAGCCCGGCUACGUAACAGGUGGACGCGAGAGUCACGACUGCGGCACUAGUCGUUCGCUCGGAUGGUUCAUCGAGGGCCUCCUCCCGCUGGCUCUGUUCAGCAAAACCCCGUUCAACCUUACUCUGUCUGGGAUCACAAAUGACGACGUGGAUCUGUCCGUGGAUGCCCUCAAAGCUGUAACGCUGCCACUCCUCAAGCACUUCGGGGUGGCAGAAGAGGGCGGCCUUGAGCUUAAGGUCAAGCGCCGCGGAGCACCACCAGGCGGGGGAGGUCUCGUGGAGUUCAGAUGUCCAAUCGUGAGGGAGCUCAAGCCAAUCGACUUCACAGAGCCGGGGCUGAUCAAGCGAAUACGCGGGAACGCUUACUGCACCAAGGUUUCCCCGCAAAUUGCCAACCGCGUCGCAGAGUCUUCUCGAGGCUUGUUGAAUCGCCUUCUCCCUGAUGUGUGGGUCCAUACCGACCAUCAUGCUGGUCGCACCGGAGGGGAAUCGCCUGGGUUCGCUUUGAGCCUCGUAGCGGAGUCGACGACUGGUGUUCUUCUGGUGGCCGAGACUGCGGCUGACAAGGGAACACUCCCGGAGGACCUUGGGAACUUCGGCAGCAAGCUUAUCUUGGAGGAAAUCAAAAACGGCGGGUGCGUAGACUCGUCCCACCAGAGCUUGGCGAUGCUCCUAAUGGUUCUGUGCCCCGAGGACGUGAGCCGUCUCCGCAUCGGCAAGCUCACACGGUACAGCGUGACCUACCUCCGGCACUUGCGAGACUUCUUCGGAGCGUACUUCCGACUGAAACCAGACCCUCAGACAUCAACGGUGCUGGUUUCGUGCCAAGGCAUCGGCUUCAAAAACUUGUCAAGAGGGGCAACAUGAUCGCGUUUUGCAACGUAGGGGAGUAAUAU